AGACAUCUGGACACUCCCAGAGAGAGUCAGUCUUAUGUGUGUGAGUGUGUGAGUGAGAGAGAGAGAGAGAGAGAGAGAGAGAGAGAGAGAGAGAGAGAGAGAGAGAGAGAGAGAGAGAGAGAGAGGGGAAGCGUGGACACUCCCAGACUCAGAGUCAGGGAGUCAGUGGAAGUGCAGCUUCCACAUCUCUCUAGAGCGGGAACUCACUCACAUCAGCAUCCUCACUGCAGGUUCACUUCAGCCGCUCAGAAACGCGCCAGGAUGUUCUACUUUCAUUGUCCCCCUCAGCUGGACGGGGAAUGCUGUCGCUCCAAUACCUUAAAUUCAAGUGGGUUUGGCAACCACGCCCCGGCUGAUUUUGAUGACGGAUUUCUACGUAGAAAACAGCGAAGAAACAGGACGACAUUUACCUUGCAACAGUUGGAGGCUCUGGAGGCAGUCUUCGCCCAGACCCACUACCCGGACGUGUUCACCCGGGAGGAGCUGGCCAUGAAGAUCAACCUGACCGAGGCCAGAGUACAGGUUUGGUUUCAGAACCGCAGAGCAAAGUGGAGGAAGACGGAAAGAGGGGGCACAGACCCUGAAGGAGGGAAAGAGCAAAUGAAUGAGGGCACUCCUCCAUCUCGUAGCAUCAACUCUCAGUCUCCAGUGGACCACAGCAGAAAACAGAAAGAACCACUGGAGAUGCAACAAAGUAUCAACCGGACUGUUGGACCUGGAGGUCCAUUCUUCCCAUCCUGUAUACCCGGUACUCUGCUGAACUCUGCCACCUACGCCCAGGCCCUUUCUCAGGUCGCCACACUGAAAGGUAAUGGUUUAUGUUCCUGCUGCGUUUCUGAUCCUAUGGGCUUAUCCUUCCUGCCACCCUACGGUUGUCAGGGCAACCGCACAGCCAGCGUGGCCGCCCUGCGUAUGAAGGCCCGUGAGCACUCGGAGGCUGUUUUGCAGUCUGCCAACUUACUGGGUGCGGGAGCUGGACCCGGUGCCGGAGUGGGAGUCCUGUCUGGAGUCAGCAUGAGCGCAGCCGGGGUGGCGAGGCCUUCGGUGGGUCCUGUCAUAGAGGUGCCGGGCAACGUGGGAAGAGGAGGAGAUAGCUCUAGUCCCAGUCCAGCAACCAAGGUCCAGGUCCUGGGCAGCAGUCCUGACAAACACCCUCACUGCUCCAAGGAACAACUGGAAAAAAAACAGAGUCAGAGCCGCCAGAGAGGGGCUUGUGUGAGGGGACAGAGUCAGAUCAACAAGCGAGCCAGCAUCAUGACCUCAGUCGAAAAGCGCCGCUCAAGCAGAAAGAGCGCUGGGCAUCGAAAGCACAGUGAUGGUGGCUACAGUGACACAUCCAGUGGAGGGUCCUUUCUGGAUGAAACUGACCGAGAGGUCAGCAACCUAACAGAUCGAGCAUUUAGGAGCCUCUGCAUUGGAGAUGAGGCUGUUUAUAAUGACUCUGACCUCUCAGCGUCACCCUGCUUUCAGAGAGACCGGCAGCUGGCCUUCAGUCAGGGUGGCCAAGACAGAGAGGACAGAGAAAGGGAGGAACUUAAAAGAGCUGCACAUGAGAGCUUCAGCCGGAGAGUGCAGCAGUAUGGACAGGACUGGAUCCAUGGAGGAACAUAUGGUGCUGAAAUCCACCAAGAUCCACAGUGGGGUGUAUAUGGGGAAAGGAGAACACAGGGGAGGGUUUCUGCCACAUUCCAGCACUCGUUUGCAGAAACCUCUCAACAGGAGCAAUCUCUGAAGGACGAUCAACUGUCCUUCCUCAGCAAUGGAGCCACUGAGUUAAGUUCACAACAGCGAAGGAGUCGCUCCAGAGUUUCCUCUCUUAUCAGAGCUUUUAACUCUGAAGGACAAAGGGAUGGAAUGGGGAUGGAUGGCAAACUCAGAGACUGGAAUGAUGAGACAAGCUGGGACAAAUCAGCUCUAAUGAGUAUAGAGAGGGAACUUUCUGAAUUUUCUACAUCAUACCAGCAAAACAUUAACACUGGUUAUUUUCCCUCAGCUGGCUUGUUCUCAUCCCAAAACUCCAACUUCUACUCCUCUGAGGUUGCUGCAGUUCAAAUGAAUUCUGCUUCAUCUUUUAUGAGAUCUUCUCACAGUAAACACAGCAUGUCCACACAAGUCAACUGUAACUCUAACUUCUUUAUACACAGUGAGUUUAGUCCCUUCAAAGUGUGGAGGAACUAUAACAGGUUUCCCUUCCAACAAGGUGAAGUCUCUGGGUUUAUGCACCAUUCAGAGUUUCCUAAAUGGUAUCAGACACCAAUGUACAAAGAGCUUUCACUAGAGGCCCAACAACAGGGUCCGACUGCGUUUCAGGAAAGGGGAAUUGGAUACUCUGGGAAUACCUUGGCGCCUGUGGUUGCUCCAACUCAUCCACGCUCAACCUCAACAUCCACAGUGAUGCAGAAAGCCUCUGCCCUGGAGAAACGCUGUGAGUCAGAGUUGGCAGGACAUUAUCCCCACAGGAAACGGACCCAGAGUCUGGGAGCUAACAGGCUUCCAUCUCAGCGGCCAUCAACUGCUUCACCCAGUAGUGAAAUGUCUCGACGUGUCCGUGACACUCUCAGUUCAGUUAAAGCGCUCCAACAGAAAAUCAAAACAAUGACAGAGCAAAAUAUUACAUCACAGCCAAAUCAAGAUGGAGUAUAUUAUAACAAUGAUAACUUUUAUCCCUAUGGCAACAACACAGGGAUGAUGGCACCAAAUGUUGUCAGCAGUAACACCAGCACAACUCCCUUUAACAUUAGCCAGCUUCUCACACCACUAGUCCAUGCACCUCAAGAACCAGACGUAUCAGAGGUCCACCAGUAUGCAGUUUCCCCUCAGCCAGUGGAACAUCCUCCAGUGCGUGCUGAAAGUCGAGGAGCUACUCCUGAUGUGAGGAUGUCUAGCUACAAAUCAAGGGCCACAAGCCUCCUCUUCAAUCUCAAAGACAACAGGAAAAGAGUGAAAAGCACCUACAGUCCCACCAGAUUUAAGGGUUUGGAGAUGCCGGAGAAAAACAAGCAGGCAUCUGUCCAGGAGUCCAGAGACACUAUGAUAGAGAUUCCAGAUUUUUCAGAGAUGGACAUUUCAAAUUCCCUGGUAGAGAAAUCCAGGGUAGAUGCUGCUUUACAUCAAUAUGAAAACCAGUACCAUAGCACUGGACUGUUAGUUACAGCACUAAAUUCACAACCUGUUAAUCCUUAUAUGGGACAAAAUCCAGAAUACUACUCAAGUGAUCAGCACAGAGCUCAAAUGCAAGGUGAGAUGGCUCAUCAGUUUGGGUUCACUGGCUUCAUACCUGAAAAUUACACCAACAAUCAGCUGGCUAAUGGACAGAAUCUCUAUGAAGACCUAUCAUCAUUUACUCCCUAUAAGCAAAGCAUAACUGAAAAAGAAGCAACAGUGGGAGAUUACGUAAACAGGCUAGGGCCAUCUUACAGUGUUACAGAAAUGCAAUGGCUAAAUGCUGACAAUAAUCAAACCAGAGACUAUUUAAUAAGUAAGGCCAAUACCAGGCAGCAUUUUAAUGAACCAGUGGGAGGGGAAUUCACACGGGGGGAUAGAUAUCAUCAAGUGAAAGAGAACAAAUAUGAUUACAGUAAUGUCUCCUCUCAGGAUAGGUGGGGACAGACAACCAACCAAGAAAUAGAAAAGCUGAGUCUAAAAGCAGCUCCGAUGACACAAGAAAAAUAUGCUUUUAUGGGAAAAGACCAAAAUGCGGAGGCUUACCAAAGAGCAGUCAUCACACAGGAAGAACUAAAUUCACUAAGAUACAAUUAUACGGAAGAAAAUCAAAAGAGCGUAGAGAAAAAACUUGAGACUACAGAGUUGAGAGAAAGUUAUGGUGUAGCAACAUCCUCUUAUAAAAAGGCUGGACAAGUCAAUCCUAACAUUUCAGCUAACCUGCCACAGUAUGCUCCACUUAGUAAUGAUGCAAUAGGAAAUCCUGGAUAUUACAAACAGCAAGGUGGGGCAUUAGGAGACAGAUAUGCACCUCAAAUAUCCUCUGAAUACAAUGCUGAAAAUGAAAUGAAAGAAAAUCAUGUAGCACAGAAUAAAAAUAAAUACACCAAUCAGGGCUAUACAAAUCAAAACACAUUUUCCUCUAAUGAAGAAAAAACUAUGCUCACUCAAGAUUUAGGUCAGAGAAAGCAGUAUGUACCAAUUCCAAGGGAGAAUGAAGUGCAAAGCCUGCAGCCGAGAGAAAGUAAAAUACAGUUUGAAAACAAUAGGCAGAAAAAUUUAUUAUCUGUCUCUGAUAAUGCAAAUGCAACUGUAACAGGUAACCAGGUGAAGGAUAAACCGUUUGUUGAAGUCAAGGCUGCACAGACAACAGCUGAGCAGAUAAUAGUAGAGCACGCCCAAACAGAGCUGGCAAAAGCUCAGCACUGGGCUCAAGUGGAGCAACCCAAAGCAGAGCUGAAUAAGUUAAUUUUAGCAGAGCAUACUGGUUCAGAGAAAGUCAGAGCAGAAAAGAGCAAAGUAGAAGUAACAAAGCAAGACAGAACACAACAGAAUAAAGAGUUUGAAAGAGCUGACAAAGACAAGUCAGUAAAUGUAGAACAAGAAAAGCGAGGGUAUGAGAAAGAGGAAAAAACAGAACAGUCCAGAGAGGAGAAGCCAAAAGUAGAGCAACUCAAACUACAGAUGGUUACAGAUGAGCCAGGAAAUAUAGUGAAAGCUAGAGCCAAGGAGAUGAGAGAAGAGCAGAGUGAGCAGGUCAAAGCAGAGCAAGCUACAGCUGAAAGGCUAAAAGAGGAACGCAUAAAAACUGAGCUGUCAAAGGGUGAACAGACCAUGCAGGUCAGAGUAGAGCAUGUUAAGACUGAGCAGAGUCGACAGGAGAGGAUCAAAACAGAACAAGAUGAAAAACUGCAAGUAAGAGUAGAACAAAGCGAAAAAGACAGAAUGGAGGUAGAAGAAGUUAGGACAGAAAUGACUAAAUCAGAAUGUACUAAACCAGAGCACAUUAUAGUGCAACAGGCUAAUGUAAAAGAAGAGACUCAGGUAGUUAAGGGUGUUGAAGCUGUGAAAGAAUACAGACCUGACUUGAUAAAUGCAGAGCAGCCUAAAACAGAGGUAACUAAAACUAAAAGUGAGAUGAUAAAAGCUGAGAUGACAGAGGGAGAUAAAAUCCUAGUGGAUCUAACAAAAGAAGAAAUAACAAAAACAGAGAUUGUGCAGGAUAUGUCAGCUAAACCUGCAGCAAAACUACCAGUGAUACAACAGGUCAAAGGUGAACCAGAUAAACUUGAGCAGGUUAAGACAGAAUUAGCUAAGGCCAAAGCAGAGUUGGCCAAAAUAAAAGAUAAAAUGAAGGGAGAGCAAAAAGAAAAAGUAAAAAAUACUGUCCUUCCCAAGGAUGAUGAUGUUAAGACAGUAAACAUUAAUGAAAAUAAAGAAAUCAAAACACCAAUGUAUCCAGAGAAAGAAGGAUCAGUUAAUGUCACCAAGCCAAGUGGAGAUCAAGGAGACAGAGGGGCCGAUGAUUAUCAGCGUUUAAGAGAAAAAUAUGGUUUUAUUCAGACAACCAACAAAAAUAGAGCAUCUACUGAAGAAAAUGCUUCUUCAAAUAAUGUCAGUGAAACAUCACUUUUAGCUGAUAAACUUGAGACAGCAAAUAAUAACAAACCAAAAGAUGACCAUAGUCCGAUAAGCAGCUUAGCAACAGCUAAGUUAGAAAAUAAAGAUAAAGCUGAGAGUAAUAAAACUGAUGAGAUGCCAGACAGUCAGUAUGUUUACAGUGAGUCACUGAAAGAAUUCAAGUUAACUAGUGCUAAUUAUUUAACUGACAACAGGGAUAAAAUUACACAGAAUAACAUUGUUCCCAAUAAAGUAAAAGAAGUUGGCAUUGAAAAGUUAGACAAACAUGACCAACAGAAAAAUACUGAUGUGCCACAGCAAAGAGAUUCAGAUAUAGAAAGAAAACCCCUUGAGAGAAAACCCAAGUCAACUGAGCAUAGUGUACUUACAAAUAAAGAUUCACACCUCACACCUCUGAAAGCACUCACUCAUAGAGAAAAAGCUCAAACAAAGCAGGAGAUUCUGACCUCCAAGAUAAAAGCUCACGCUGAAAAAGAGAUUUCAGCUAUUAAAGAAGGUUUUGCUACACGAGAUGGAUUUAUAUCAAAAAAUUCUGCCAAGCAAUUAUCAGGUAGCCAAAAUUUAACCAUACGUCAGAGGCCACCAUCGCAGGAAGUGUCCAGAAAGCAAGAAAGUAAUUUGUCCACUAAUAGCACAGUGAAACAGCUGUCAGAGCCUUUAGGAGCACAGGCUGAACCAGUAAAGUCUGUCUCACCUUCCUAUCCUUCUACAACAUCAGCUAAAUCAGUUGCAUCAACCAGUCAGUCAGUGGAUCACUUACAGAAACAAGUUCAGAAAGAGCCAAUGAAGAACACAGAUAGCAUGAAGGAACCACCCAAAGAAGCAAACUGGACUGGAGGUUACGACACGAAACAAGAUAAAUCUGAAGUCAAGUCACCAACACAAAAUAAAGAACCUAUCAACGGUCCAGUAAAACAGGAAGCUAAUCAUGAAGAAAUCUCAAAGAAACAGAUAGAUAAAAUGGAGAUCUACAGUGAACCGUUGAAUGACAAGAAAGUUGAGUCAAAAGCUUCACCUUUGGUCAAACCUGAAUGUUCUAAACCUGAUAAUGUUGAUCAAGCAGAGAAUAAAAAUGGUGUAAAUCAAGAAGAUUCAGGACCUUCACUUAAACUUACUUUUGGUCAGAAUGAGACCACAGAUUCUGAUGAUUUACAAAUCAUGGGAAUAAUGGUGACUGUAAGAGAACGAAAGCCAUCAUUGAGGAGUGAAGAGAAGAGAAGCAACCAAGACGAAACACAUACAAAGGAGAAAGAGUGCAGUUUUAAAGAGCAAGAAAAAUGUGGUCUAAUCUCUGUUCAAGAAGUAACCAAAGUCAACAGAUUAUCUGAAGAAGUGUGUUUAGUUAAGAGUGGAGCUGUGCAGGAAAAUCAGCAUACAGUGAAGGGAGACCAGACUAGACUCAGUACGAAUACCCCUGCUGAAAAUAAGCAUGAAAUAACAACCACAGAAACCAGAAAGAAUAAUCUGGCUGAAAGUGGUGCACAGAAAACCCCUCACCAGGAGAGCUCUGCAAUAAAAGACAGAUACCAAAAGGAAACACAACUCCAAGACCACCUGGCUGAAAAAGAUGUGCCCUUCACAGCCACUGUACCUGCUAAAAAUAAACCGUUGGCUGAAACUCAACCCGUGCCCCCCAAACAGGACAUAAUACCAAGAGAAACCAAAGACUACACAAAUAAAACACCAGAUGUAACUUCAGCAUCUAGCGUCAUCAGAGAUCAAGAGGAGAUUACUACCAACCACAAGAACCCACAAAAUGUCCUGAGAGAAUAUAACAAUAAGACAUCCAAAAUGGUGAACACAGAAAUCUACAAGGACAAUUCUAACAAAGCUGACUCUGAGAUUGUAAUAAAACAUGACAUACAGCCAUCAGUGAGUGAGAAUCAGACUGAAAUAUUCAGAGGUAAAAUCCUUGAAGUGAAUGCAUCUAAAAUAAAUGAAAAGCAGCACAUCUUAGCCCCUCCAGAGCCAUACAACAAAAACAAUGUGACUGACAAAGAAAACAGUACGUCUCCAGCACAUAAGCAUAAAGGGACAAACAAUGAUGAGAAUACUCAAGGAGAUGACAAGCUGCAUAUAGACAGCAUUGCUAUCCGUGUUGUACCAGCAGUAACUGUAAAAGAAAAUGUUAAAAUGGCACAAAAAAAUCCUGUCGCUAAUGUGGCUGCAGCUAAUGAAACUAAACAAAGUGCUCCAAGCAAUAAUGAUGAAGGCCAAGCCAGAGAUGGCCCUUCAACAAGCAGAGAAAAGCAGAUAAAACACAGCCUGGAGGAAAAAGCUGAAGCACAAAAUCUGUUACCCAAUGUGAAAAAACAAUCAGAUUCAUUGAAAACCAGCAGUCAACAGAACAGCAUAAACAAAAGUGAAAAUACAGGAAAUGAAAAGCUUGGAAAAAUAAAUGAAACUGCUGAUGACGCUGAGAGACAGACCAUGGAUGAAGACUACUUUCAAGUUCAAGGAAUAACAGAGAAAAACAAUGAACUACACAACAAUAGUACCAAUGUUGGAGAUGCAUCAGACAUUGUCUCAAAGGAAAGGGAGCUUCCGAGGUUCCUUCCAAACACGACCACUAUCAGCAAUGAAUUGUACAAGGAGGGAAAAAUUGACAAAUCUGCAUUAGAUCAAAGUAAAAGGAAGACAGUGGAAUCCAGUUCAGUGGGCGUUCAAGAUGGAAACAUGAAAGUUUCAAAACAGAAUGAUCGUCCCACCGAGGGUAAAAGCAAUAAAAACGAAAGAAUGGGGGCAGGUCCAGCUACUCACAACAGAAAACAUCACACAGAGAAUCAGCCCACCUUAGCAGAAAAGGAAAGGCCAAGCACAAGAAAUUUACACCCAACAAGGGAAAACGCCGCAAAGGAGAAACCAGAAGUUAAGCCAAAACCCAAAGUAUCCACAAUACCUGAGAUAUCAGCACUUGCAGAUUAUGCCAGGUUAAAAGUAAUUGUUUCAGAUGACCGUGAAAAUACACUUCAGGAAUUCCCACCGAACAAAAAAGAAGGAUUCUUCCCACUAAUACAGACUCGUCACAGCAGGCGCCCAGUGUUCACUACGGACCCACAAGACGUCUCUGUGAAAGAGAAAAGUUUGCCAAAUGAGACAGAGGUCAAUGCUAAAGUGAACAAAGAGCCCAAAGCAGUAGUGUUUCCCAUUACAGAGAAAGAGCACCAAAGAACAGGAAUGUUCAAACUGGGAGACAAAGAAAAAUUGCCUCCAGAAAAUAAAAGUUUACAAGAAAUGGAGGUAAAAAAUGCACAAGGCCACAAAGAGAGAAAUAAGUCACCACUGAAGUAUCUUAUGAACAAAGGGAGUGAUGAACAAGUGGUUGAAGUCAAUCAGCUGACCCAAAGUAUUCAUCAGGUAAACAAUCCUCCCUUGCAAACAACAACCUCAUCCUCAGUAAACAAACCUAGACAAAGGUCUUUGUCACGAGACCGGACAAUAAAUCAAAAGCCUAAAGAAUUUUCUCCCCAAGGCGAUGGGCUGCCAUAUAUGGAUAAAAAUACUUAUCCGCAACAAGCUGCCGGCCCCAUGUACAACUCAGAGGCAAGCACAACAAGUGUGAGAAAAGAUGUGUUCUCAGCUAAUGAGAUGCUGCAGCAAGAAAAGCUUGCAACUCAGCGUGAUGAAACAAAAGCAAGCCAUCACAGCAGAGCAAAGCAGUCGCAGGAGGCAGCAGAAGCUCAGAGGAUAAAACAUGUGUUGGAGGAGAGUAGAGCUUCUCUGGCUGAAGAAGAGAGAAGAGCUGCCCAGAGAGAAGAGGAGAGGAGGGUGAAGGAGAGGGAGGCCAUAGCCGCUCAGAUCAAGGAGAGACGGGAGAAGCAAAAAGAAGCCGAGAGGAAAGCAGAGGAACAAAGAAAAGCAAAACAGGUGGAGGAGGAGAAGGCUGCACAAAGAGAAAAGGAGUUGAAAGCAAAUCAAAGAGAAGAGGAAAGAAAAAUUAAAGAACUUGAAGAGAAGAGGAGGGCAAAGAUUGAGGAGGAAAGAAAAGCUAAAUUAAAAGAGGAAGAGAGGAUGAAAGCAUUGGAGGAGAGGAGAAGAAUUAAACAAAAAGAAGAGGAACGAGCUGCUUUAGAGGAGCAGCAAAAGAGAGCUGCUCUGAUUGAAGAACAGAAGAGGAGAACUGCUCUGAUGGAGGAACAACAGAGAAAAGCUGCUCUGAUGGAGGAGCAGAAGAAGAAAACUGUUCUAGAGGAACAACAACGAAGAGCGGCUCUAGAGGAACAGAAGAGGAAAGCUGCUUUGAUUGAAGAACAGAAAAGGAAAGCUGCUGUAAUGGAGGAACAGCAAAGAAAAGCGGCUCUAGAGGAACAGCAAAGAAAAGCUGCUCUAGAGGAACAGCAGAGGAAAGCUGCUCUUGAGGAACAACAAAGAAGAGCUGCAAUGAUUGAAGAACAGCAAAGAAAAGCUGCUCUGAUUGAAGAACAGAAGAGAAAAGCUGCUAUAAUGGAGGAACAGCAAAGAAAAGCUGCUCUAGAGGAACAGCAGAGGAAAGCUGCUCUCAUUGAAGAACAGCAGAGGAAAGCAGCUCUUGAGGAACAACAAAGAAAAGCUGCUCUGAUUGAAGAACAGAAGAGGAAAGCUGCUCUAGAAGAAAAACGACGAGCUGCUUUGAUUGAAGAACAGAAGAAAGCUGCUCUAGAAGAACAACAAAGAAAAGCUGCUCUGAUUGAAGAACAGAAGAGGAAAGCUGCUCUAGAAGAAAAACGACGAGCUGCUCUGAUUGAAGAACAACAGAAAAAAGCUGCUCUAGAAGAAUACCAAAGAAAAUCUGCCCUAGAGGAACAGCAGAGGAAAGCUGCUCUAGAGGAACAGCAGAGGAAAGCUGCUAUAGAAGAACAACAACGAGCUGCUCUGAUUGAAGAACAAAGGCGAGCUAAACAGGCUGAGGAAGACAAGAGAGUUGCUCAUAUUAAGGAGGAAAGAAAAAGAAGACAGAUAGAAGAGGAGGAAGCAGCUCAAAUUGCAUUGAAAAUUCAGAAAGAGGAGAAGAGUAGAGCUGCUGAAAAGGAAAAGCAAGCCAAAGAAGCUGAGGAGAGGACACAAAUGCUGGAGGUGAAACCAGCAGCUCAGCAGAUCAGGUCUAAAAAGAGAGAAGAAGGUGGAAAUUUACAUCAGAGGGAUGAGAAAGCCUCAGUGAUGGAGGAGCAGAAAAGUGCCGCUCAGAGGAGAGAUGGUCUUCAGUACUACUCCAUUACAUCAGAAGAUGCAGAGAAGAAGCCCAGAGAAAAGCAUGUACACUCACCUUUACCUUCACAACAGAGGAGCAAUCCAUCUGGGCUUGAGUCACCUGAAGAUCCUGGUUCCUACAGCAGGCAACAUAGACCUCUUGCCCCUGUAUCUCCAGCCCUAUCUCUUCCUCGCUCCAAUACCUCUUCACCUACUCUGGGAAUCAAACCCUUAAUGUUCAGGGUGAAAGAUAACACAAACAGAGGCACUGCUCUCACCAAGUCAGUUAAACCACGCUUCCAUAAGACCUAUGGAGAAGAUUUCCGGGUUGGUUCUCCCAUGGAGAGGUUGUUAGAGAAAGGAGAUGAAGAGCAGGAGUUAAUGAGACGAUAUGCUGGAACUCCUGUCCAUCCUGACACUGGAUUAAACAGACUAACUGCCAUUAAAGAACCAUCUAAUAUGCAGUCAUCACCAGGUUACACCACCCCUGUUCAACAACAUAGACCAUAUUCCAGGAGGAGCAUUGUUUUUGAUGAAGAUGACUCCCGCUCCGUCAUCAGCAACAUGUCAGAGGAUGUGGAGAGUUUUGCCACCAGUGCAGCAGACCUGGCAGAUGUCAGGGGUCUGUUUGACUCUGACAGGCCCGAGUCAGCCUGUAGCUACAGCAGUGACGUGUCCCGUUCUUUGGGGAGGCCCCCAGUUGUUCCCCCCAAGAGUGAGAAGGCCCUGCGCAGGGCACAAAGGCUGACCACACGGAGGAUGAAGAAGGAGUUGUCCAAAGCGGUGGCAGAGAGCCCUGCAGGAGGAGAUAAACCCAUUCAUGAGGUCUCAACUACUCCUUCCUCCUCCACUGAGGUACGCUCAUCCAGUCAAAAACCUGUGACCACGCCUCAUUUUUCCGCUCCUGUCUCCCUUGCUCAUGCCCCAACAUCUGGAUCUGGCUUGCACUCUUCCCAUACAGAGCACCAAUCUUCACACCGCUCCUUCCAUGCCUCCCCUCAUGUCACUGACCCUGUCUCCCUCCCUGUCGCUUCCCCUCAUGCCACUGCCCCCAUACCUGUCCCUGUUGCUUCAUCGCAUGGCACUGGCCCUGUUUCCCACGCUGUUGCACCUAAGACGGUUGCUCAUAUUCCCUCUUCUCCCACUCUCCAUCAUAAAACCCACCCAGCUCCAGUGACACAGUACCAUGUAGAGUCAAGCUAUCCUCAGUCCUACCCAGUCACCCAACGCAAGGUGCUACAAGACAUUGGUUCUGGACAGUAUUUUGUUGUGGAUGUGCCUGUUCCAGUGAAAACAAAGACUUUCUUUGACCCUGAGACAGGGAAGUAUGUUCAGCUGAAUGUACGGGAGUCCGGCCGGAGCACCUCCCAACCACAGCCCCAGCAAACAUACCCACAACCUCAGCUCAAACCCCAAAUGCAGGUCAAGUCGCAGCAACAGCCAGUGACCCAGGCUUCUCCUGCUGGCAAGUCCUACACACCCCACAGUUAUCCCCAAGGCUACCAGUCGGCCACUGUCCCAUCUGUCCCCACUCACCAGUCAACCCCAGGGGUUCCAGCCUCUGUGACUUUCUCCCAGGACCAACAACCUAUCAGGGAGAAUUCCAACUACAGGUAUCACAGCUAUAGCCCUGAGAAGACUCCAUACAUGGACACAGUUAAUGACGCAGACAAAACAUAUAACACGGUUUACAACACACAUGGCUCACAUGAGGUUUUCCCACAGUCUGACACAAACAGCCAGCUUGCAGGAAGCUCAGUUUGUGAAAAUGAUAACUCAGCCCACUCAAGAUAUCAGUCCCGUGAUAUAAUAUCCAUGAGUGAACUGGAAGACUUUAUGGAGGUGUCUGACUGGUGAGCACAAAGACUGGUAACUCAUGAGAAGAUGAUAUUGUAAAGUAGUCAAAGACACCACAGAGAGCAUUAUGAAUGGAACACUAUAUGUAGUAUUUGUGUUUUUAAUGUAACUUUAUUCGUUUUGGUUUGAUGUUGAAAAAGCCUCUCUCUGUGACAUGCUAUAGUGAAUUGCUGCAGUCGCUUUUGGAGACAUAAAGUUGAGCUGUGUAUUGUGUUACAGAGAAGUUCACCAUUCCAUAUGACUUUUUGAAUGUGAGUUGCAGAGAUAUUUUUCUUGUAAACAGUACGAUCAGUAUGGCGUCUUAGACAGACUUUAUAGAUCAACAAACUGUAUGUGAGCAGUGUUUACUGGUACACUGGUAGGCCUGCUAAAGUUAUUUUAUUUUAUUUCAUAUAACAUUAUUGUGAUGCAUGAAAUUUUGUUUAAACCCACAGUGUCAAGAUCUACAGAUGGUGUAAAGUAUAGUCUGAAUACUCAACAAAUAUGUCGAAGUAAAACAUGAUGUGACUAGGGCUGUUUUAAAGGUUUUAAUUUCAUAUAGUAGUCCGUUUUUAAAGUGGGAUUUUGUGAAUGUUUCUGUGUUGCUGUGAAACAGUAGUGUGACAUGGACUAACUUAGACAGUAAAACCACAUUUCAUUCAGUAAAAUGAUCUCAUACCACCACAACUGUCACUCAAAUCACCUUUUAAAGGUUUUAAAUAAAAAGAA